AUGGCCGCCGUACUCAACACCGUCCAAGGCCUCCUCGGAGGCCUAGGGGACGGUGCCAUGGGCAUCCUCGACUCCUUCUUCCCACCCGAAAAGCGCGCCGAAGUCCUCGCACGGCUCCAAUCCUUCGCCGUCGGCAAUCCCAAAACCGCCGCCUUCCUCCUCUCCAACAUCGCGCUAACCGGCGUCCCCCUCUUCUUCUUCUUCCUCUUCACGCUGACCGUCUUCGUCUUCUCGCUCGUCGUGGCCCUGCUCGUCGGCGUGCUGGCCGCGCUCCUCUUCACGGCCUUCAUGGUCGGCGCCGCGCUGCUCGUCGUGCUCCCCACCGUCUUCAUCACCACGCUGGGCGCCUGCUUCUUCUUCCUCUGGGGGCUCGGCGGCUACUACAUCCUCAAGUGGCUGAACGGCGACUCCGAGCCCGCGGCCGAGGGCGAGGCCAUCGGCGACAAGAUCAACAACCUCACGGGGGGCCGGCUGGACUUCCUCAUGGGGCCCGCGAGGGACAUGGCUAAGACGGGCCAGAUCCAUGGGGGCGUGCAGGAUCAGGUGGCGGGGCAUGAAGGGGAGAAGCAGGCGAAUGGGACGCCGGAGAAGAGGCAGACGAAUGGGACGAGUGUGCCUGGCCAGAAACACGUCGGUGAUGCGGCCAAGGGGAUCAAGGGUGGCUUGGACACGGCGCAGAAGAAUAGUGGGGUUGAUGGCGUGCAGAAGAAGCUUGAUGGCGUGCAGAAGCGCACGGGAGGGACGCUGGGGACGGUUAAGGGGACGUUGGGUGGGGCGACGGGGUUGACCUGA